CACAUGAAAUUGGAUUUGAGGCGAUUUCUAGCCAGUAAAAUCUGGUUAAAAGUUAAAUGCAUCAAGAAAUUGCAUAUAAAAGACUAGAAAGACUUGAAGGAAAUAUCAUUCACGCUUAAAUAACGCUUUGUUGACAAUUGUUUAUUUAAGUAAUUUCACUAGAUUCUCGUAGCAUUUGGUGUCUCUUGUCCAGUUCUUUUUAGGAAAUAUAAUGCGUAUUAAUCAAAAGAUCGUCCUCGGCCUGUUUCUUUGCCUUGUGGCAGUCCUGUACGAAACUGACGCAAUUUGUCUUUUUAAACUCUUAUUCAAAAAGAAAUUGCACGGGGAAGAAGGAGGUGGAUUUGGAGGGGGGUAUGGACAUGGUUGGGGAGGCUGGCAUGGAGGAGGUGGUGGUGGAUUUGGUCCAAGCGGAGGAGGGUUUGGUGGGGGAGGAUUUGGAAAAGGAGGUGGAGUGCCGAUAGUUGUAAAGCAUCAUCACCACGGAAAAAUUGAAGUCAUCGGAGGUGGAUGGAGUAAUUUAUUAAAUUUUAUGAGCAUAAUCUAACAAUUAUUGUGGUAUCACAUUAUAUAUACCGAAUAUAAAUUUAGGAGGAGGACCUG